UAGCCCUGCGUGGCAUAUCUUACUGUUUAUUAUGUGUUUAUUAUGAUAAAUUCUUAGAUAAAUUGCUUUAAAAUGCAUUACCUUUCAAAUCGUUUUUCAAAUUGCUUGUACACUGAAAAUUCGUCAUUAGCAUAACAUAAAUUUUUAGAUAGUGGAUUUUCUGCGUAAAUAAACAAUUUUUUUAAUGAAUACAUCUAUUCUCAGUCACACUGUACAGAAGAAGCUUUAGAAUGUCUGGCCAUGGCUACUGCAUCUUCACUUCUGUGUUACCUGCUCAUACUCUCCGCUUCGGAUCCUUAAGUUCAAUUUCGCCUCCAUUUCAUUUGUAUUCGGCUACACCAACAAUAAAAAGAAAAUCUUUAUGGUUCCCACUGAGGAUUGAAGCAAGAGAACCAACGAAAACAGAAAGUGCUAAAGUUCGCAACAGAAGGCUGCAGAAGAAGUACAAUGGAACAUCAGAGAAGCCAAGGCUUUCUAUUUUUUGUUCUGGAAAGCAUUUGUAUGCUGAAUUGGUUGAUGAUAGCAAAAGGAAAAUACUUGCUUCUGUAUCAACCCUUCAGGAAUCUAUACGUGGAUAUCCACCGUGCAAUACAAUAGAAGCCGCAAAGCAUGUUGGAGAAGAAAUAGUUAAAGCUUGUGUGGAGCAAGAUAUCACCCAAGUGUCUAUUGAUUGCAACGGACAUGCUCGCGGGGAAAAAAUGGAAGCCUUUGAAAUAGCUAUUCGCCAGCAUGGAUUUCUACUUUAGCUUUUUACUUGAGGUUUUUCUGUCCUUGUAUGGUUGGUAAUUCAGGGGGCUUGAUUGUAAUCAAACAUUUAUUAUUACUUUUUAUGAAUGAUUUUGAUUUCUGGGAAGUAUCAUUCUUUAUUUUCAUCUUCUAGGACUUGAUUGUUAAUAAAACACUUCAUUAUUUCUUAAGAAGGAAAUUAUUUUGGUACUGCUCA